UAACACUUUGGCUACUCCUUAUAGCGAUCCGCGCGGGCUGCAUAGCUAGUUGUUCGUCAUCGAAACUGUGAUUAAAUCUGACACUUGGAGCCGUUUGGUGUCCCGGGGAGACCCGUUUCGACCGUCUCUGUGCCUCAAUUGUAGCGGUAGGACCGAGUUCUACGUCGGCUACUGUCGAAGCUAGCGUAGCGAGCUAGCCACCGUUAACAGGCUGCGUUCAAUGAAGGCUUGGAGAGAAAAAACACUGUUGCAUUAUCGACACAUUCAACUGGGGAAAGACUUCCUUUCAGUAACAUCCGUCUGGCAUUUUCUUACCUUCUUACGUCGUUUAUUAUCCAAAAGGGUCUAUAUACAUGUACUGUAGCUCCAAACACCGGUAUUAUCAUGGACCGCUUCCACUUAGCGAAAUGUUAAAAGGACUCUCACAGGUCGCCGUCUCUGCGGAGAGCACGUCUUUUUAUUUUAUUUUUUUAUUUUAAGACUCUGCAUGUGUGCGCGUGUAUGUGAUUGAGUUUAUUUGUGUAUAUGUGUGCGUGUGCGUGCGUGCAUGUGUGCGAGUGCGUGUUACCCCCCAAGCGCCAUUUGACAGAGAGCCACUCCUCCCUGGAGGAUGACAAUGGAGGAGAUGAAGAAUGAAGCGGAGACAAACUCCAUGGUAUCCAUGACGCUCUACACAGUGAUGUACCCAGUCUUUAACGAGCUGGAGAGAAUCAACCUAUCGGCAGCUCAGACUCUCAGAGCAGCCUUCGUUAAGGCGGAGAGGGAGAACCCCGGCCUGACGCAGGACAUCAUCAUGAAGAUCUUGGAGAAGAAGAACGUCCAAAUCAACUUCACCGAAUCACUGCUGCGCAUGGCCGCCGACGACGUGGAGGAGUUCAUGAUCGACCGGCCCGAGCAGGAGUUCCAGGACCUGAAUGACAAGGCCCGAGCGCUGAAACACAUCCUCAGCAAAAUCCCAGACGAGAUCAAUGACAGAGUACGCUUCCUGCAGACUAUUAAAGACAUCGCCAGCGCCAUUAAAGAGCUUCUGGACACGGUCAACAACGUCAUUAAGAAAUAUCAAUACCAGAAUCGCAGAGCCCUGGAGCAUCAGAAAAAGGAGUUUGUCAAGUACUCAAAAAGCUUCAGUGACACCCUCAAAACGUACUUCAAAGAUGGAAAGGCGAUAAACGUCUUCAACAGCGCAAAUCGGCUCAUCCACCAAACCAACCUCAUACUGCAGACCUUCAAGACCGGGGCCUAGCACACGCGAGGACCACGCAGAGGCGGUGAACGGGUGGCAACGGCUGCUUGGGUGGGCAUGGGAUUUGUGUUUGGAGCGCCUGACCCAUAUUUGUAAAUUAGAAGGAGUUGAUUUUAGGGUUGGGGGGUCCAACAGCGGAAGAGACUGAAAAGUGCCAUUUCUGUAGUCAUUGAGGAUUUUCCAGUCUCCAGCUGAAAUAGGCCCAAAAGUCUGCUUGUUUGAUUUUAUUUGGACAGUUUUAAUUUAUAACCCUGAUCUGUUAUUUUUCUUUUUCUUUUUUUUUUUUUUAAUUUGUUCGGGGAGUAGUUUGAGGCGAGGUGUUUAUUAAAGACUAAUUGCCAUUUUUCUAAUAUAUACAUGUUGAUCAUUUUAUGUACAAAAAAAAAAAAAAGUAUAAACAUUGCAACAAUUAUAGCUACAUGUAAGAGACGGCGUCCGUUGUGUGUCCUCGUCGCACGUGCAGAUCGAUCGACAAGUCUGGAAGGUGGGCGUUUUAAACCCCCCCCCCCCAGCCCCCGUGAAUUUCAGACCUCUCCGUUUAUCAUGACCACCACAAUGCCAAAAGACUUGCGAGCGCUGUGCUGUGCACCUUACUCCUUCUCGUUGUCAUCAUAAAAAGUCCCGCAACAUUCCCUUCUUUUCAACAGAAUGUCUUUGCAAGCCGAGACGCUCCUCGCUGUUGGAGGUUGUAAAGAGAGAAAUGUAUUUAACUUAUCCUGGUUGCAAAUGUUCAAUAAAUAGUUUCCAAAUGAUGA